AUGCAGCCUUAUUCUAAUAAUCAGCCACACUCUGGCUAUACUCAGGCACCUUAUGGUCACCCUCAGCCUCAACCUCAGCAAUCUCAACAACAGGAUCAGCAUUUCUUUGGUAACCUGAAUGAAAGUUUUGGUCAGCUCAAUGUUGGCCAUCAGUGGAAUCGGCUGCAAUCACAUCUUCAUCGCUCUACCCAGUCCAGCCAAGUCAUAUGCGGACCUUUAUUACGAUACAUCAAUAUCAAUUAUACCACCCGUAUCUGGCUAGGUUCCAUCCUACUCGUUUCCACCGACCAUUCUCCCCCACCCAUACAAGUGCAGUUAGAUAACCAGAAACCUUAUCAGCUUGAAGAAAUUGAACGUCUCGAUGAUUAUCGCCAUACUUACUAUUUCUGGCGGUACGAAUUGAAAAUUCAACUCACUAAUAAACCUCAAAUUCUUACGUAUUCGACUCCUCACAACAAUUGGGCUCAAUCUUCCUUCCAGUUUCAUUUGCCUGCCUAUCAUCAGUCAAUGAGGUUCAUGUUUUAUUCAUGCAACGGCUUUUCUGAUGUACCUCAAGAAAUUAAAGAUAAAUUUGGAGAGAAAGAAGCACCGCUUUGGCAAGAUGUAUUGGAUCGUCACGAAGUGAUGCCGUUCCAUGUGUUGUUAGGAGGAGGAGAUCAAUUGUAUCAAGAUAGGUUAAUCAAGGAGGACUUUAUGAAGCCUUGGAAUGAUGAGAAAGAUCCUAAGAAGCGUAUUGCGAUGAGUAUGACACGAGAAAUGAAGGAGGGGUUUGAAGAGUUCUAUUUCAAUAAUUAUUGUAUAAACUUUGGGUUCAAAGAUAACCCGGUUGUUGCAAAAGCAUUUGCUUCCAUUCCUUCCAUCAACAUGUGGGAUGAUCAUGAUAUCAUUGAUGGUUAUGGCUCUUAUCCUGCUGAUAUGCAACGUGCAGAAUGCUUUCAAGUACUUUUCGCCAAUGCUUGCCGAUUCUACUAUCUAUUCCAGCACCACACAACAAUGGAAUUAGCCGAGCGACACGGUAUGAUCCGCGGUACCUUAGAGACUUGCAACCAUAUGAUCACCACUUUAGGCCCUGAUAUUGGUUUCGUGGCUCUCGAUUGCCGCGGCGAGCGUACAAAGCAUGAAGUCUGUAAAGCCAAGUCUUAUGAUACUGUUUUUGAAGCCAUACAUACUCUGCUGCCCCCGACCAUCAAGCACUUGUUUAUAUUGACUGGUGUUCCUCUUAUUUAUCCUCGUCUCACUCUGUUUGAAAAUUUGAUGGAUGGAGCAGCUGGUUUGAGUUUAGCCACACUCGCUGGUAAAACGGGCGCGUUAGGUGACGUGAUCAGCGGACAGCUCAAUAAAUGGAAUGGCGACCCUGAAUUACUGGAUGACAUGAACGACCAUUGGACAGCAGGCAAUCAUGAAGUCGAAAGGAAGAUGUUUAUUGAACGGUUACAAGCGUAUGCGCGCGAAAGAUCUGUUAGAGUUUCAUUUUUGGGCGGUGAUGUUCAUUGUUGUGGUGCAGGCAAACUUUAUUCAAAAGAUAUGAAGGAGAAAGAAGAAGGAGAUCCUUACUUUAUGGUACAGAUUAUUUCCAGUGCCAUUGUAAAUGUCCCACCGCCCCAGGCAUUAUUGACUGUUUUGAACCAAAACUCAACUUUUGUCACCUUUAAUGGAAAUACAGAAGAAAGGAUGUAUAAUUUGUUCAAAAAAUCGCCCAAUGGUAAUACUCGACAAAAUAAAAAGUUGAUGGGUAUGCGAAACUAUUGUGCAGGUUACUUUGAUGAAGAAACUGGUAAAAUCAAUUUUUGGAUUCAAGCAGAGAAAGAAGUAGGCGUCAAGGGAACCAUGGGCUACCUUAUAGAUGUUCCCAAAUUGGUGUUUGGACAAGGAGGAUAUCACUUAUAUCAUCAGAAUAAAAUGCAGGUUUUGGAAGAUCUGUACCAAACACCACAACCGCCUUCACGUUUCUUUCCACCUUUCCGCAGUGACAGUCAACAACAACUGUUUGGUGCACCACCUGAAUCUCAACACUAUGGAAGAGAUCCCAAUGAGACGACGUCAUCAUCAUCCUUUUUUAAUAACGUGGAACAACGAUUUCACCAAACAGCAGGAAAAUUACAGAAUAAAAUUGGUGGUUUUGUAAUGCCUGGUAGUAAUAAUCAUGGGUAUCAAGGGUAA